AUGUCCACAAAGGAGUAUGAGGACCUUAUCAGUGUCCUCCCAUUGUCUACCGUUGAAUAUGCGUUCGCUUAUGGAUCUGGUGCUCUUCAACAAAAAGGCGAAAAUAAAAGCGAGAAAAUGAUUGACUUUGUUCUGUGCACGAGUGAUCCUGUCAGCUUUCACAAGGAAAACAUUAAAAAGAAUUCUUCCCAUUACAGCUUGCUAAGGUGUAUAGGUGCAAAUACCUUGGCUCAAUUUCAAACUCGUAUAGCUGCUCAUGUUUACUACAAUACUCACGUUCAUGUUGGAGAUCGGCGGAUAAAGUACGGAGUCAUAUCUACGGAGGAUCUUAAUCGGGAUCUCCUAGACUGGCGAUGGCUCUACGUCGCUGGUCGUCUUCAUAAGCCAGUGCUGGAUCUAUGUUUUUUGGUGGUGAGACCAACGGCAGCAAUCGCAAGCAACGUCGAGGAAAACCGACGAUGUGCUCUUCAAGCAGCGUUACUCUUGCUUCCUGAUUCGUUCGACUUGGAGAAACUGUAUCAGAAAAUUGUCUCAUUGUCGUAUACGGGAGAUUUUCGAAUGUACGUCGGCGAAGAUAAAGAUAAGAUUAAGAAGAUCGUGCUCGGCUGCAUGGAAUAUUUGUCCGAAGUUUAUGAUCCCCUCCUUGCUAGCGACUCAAGGCUUGUUGUACAAAACGGGAGUGUACUACAAGAUGGCUCUACAGCAGCUAUUUAUCAUCGCUUGAACCUUCUACCAUCGACUGUACUAGAAAGGAUUCAGACAAACUGGAAUAAAAGGAAUAAAUGGCAGAAAGAUAGGGAAGAGGUGUUAUUCUCCUUAGCUCACCGUCACGAUGUCACUCUACAUGUCGAGGGAGCGAUUUCGUCCAUAGUGGCUCCUGCAGCAAUAUCACAAACCCUCAAAAAUGCUGCUUCAGCCGGCUUCUCUCGAAGUGUUAUGUAUAGCUUAGCCAAACUAGCAAAAAUGGUGAAAAGCUUAGGGAAAUAG